UUUGUCCGAACCCGCCACUACUCCUCCAGUUGCCAACUCCCCAAGAAAGCCUGCUUGCUCACCAAGACACGCCACAGCUUAUCUUCCCCUUCCUUCCACAGCACAACGUACCUACCGCUAUAUAUGCCCCUCGCCAUGGAAGCCGAGCUCCUGCCUUCCCGGAUACACGGCCGGGGAGGCCAUGGAUCAGGAACUCCAAGAGGCAGACGUCCUGUGGCCUCCAAACAACACCGAACACCAUAGCGCCAACGACGACGACAGCACCAGCAACGAAGGCGACGUGGCAAGGGUGUCCUCGCCGGAGUUGUCCGCCCCGGUCGCCGUGCCUCCUCCACGGAAGCGCCGGUCUCGCUCCUGGAGGGCAUCCGACCAGCCGUUCACCGACGGUACCAGCGGUGACGACGGCGACGUCGUAUGCACCAACGACGUGAAGAGGAACGUCCCGCCGCACGUCCUGGCUGAGCGGCGGAGAAGGCUCGCCGGAAGGUCGACGGCGGCGUACUCCAUGUGCGCCGGGAAAGGCAGGACGCUCAAAGGGCGGGACCUCCGGAACAUCAGGAACCUUGUCCUCAAGAUGACCGGAUUCAUCGAGAAAUGAAAGGAUUUAACACCGUGGAUAUAGUAUUAUUACUUCUACCAAUUGUGAACGUCCAUCAAUGGACGUGUGUGAGAGUUUGUGGCAACCUCAAGUUUCAGCAAGAGCUCCGCUCAAGAAAGAAGAAAGGCGUGAGUUGUAAUAACUCUUUGUUUAAUUUAUUGAUUUUAUUUAGUUUUGUUGUAUAGUGCCAGUAGCUAUAUAUAGUAGCCCACUCAACAAUAAAUGGAUGUAGCUAAGAAACAGACCAAAAGGAUUAAAAUG